UUCUUGUUUUGCUAAUUUGACAGUGAAGUAGAAGCUGGUGGGCGAAAACUUAUCCAGAGAUGCACCAUUAUUACACGACGACCCGGCAGUGUUAGGGGAGCUACAACUGUAAAUGUCCGUGUGAGGGUUCUCAGGCACCGGGCUGCUCAGUUCACCGGCCCGCUCUUAUUUUCAUAGCCACUGUUAGCCUGCUGAUGCUAACUUCAGCUAGCCUGAAGCUACCGUAGUUAGCUUCCAACUCGCCACACAACAGUAGGACGAGCUCAGCGGACAGGGGUCCUGCUGAUUUUUUUCUGUUUUUACUGUCCCACCGGUGCGCCGCCAGCACAGUGAGCGAUGUGGAGAGUAACUUUACAGGCGUUCGGUGUUUUGCUGUUGGCCUGGUUCUUCGGGAACUUUGUUCUGGGUUGGUUUCACCAAAACACCGUCAAACCGCAAACGCAGCACAGCGAGAGCCCCAGCGGAGCCUCAGACAGCCCGGACCAGAGCUGCCUCUGCCAUCUCACCGGCGUCCUGGAUGACUGCUUCUGUGACGUUGAAAGCAUCGAUGUGUUCAACAACUUCAAGGUUUACCCUCGAAUCAAGAAGCUGACAGAGAGAGACUACUUCAGAUACUACAGGGUGAACUUGAAGCGACCAUGUCCCUUCUGGCCUGAUGACGGACACUGCUCCAUCAAAGACUGUCAUGUGGAGCCCUGUCCUGAGAGUAAGAUCCCCGUUGGCAUCAAGUCUGGGAACUACAACAAGUACUCCCAGGCAGCGAAUACGAUGUCGGACAUGACAGAGUGUGAACAGGCCAAAGAGCUGGGCGCCAUCAACAGCACCCUGAGUAACCAGAGCAAAGAGGCGUUCGCUGACUGGGCGAGACACGACGACGCUCAGGACCACUUCUGUGAGCUGGAUGAUGAAACCUCUCCAGAUGCUGAGUAUGUGGAUCUGCUGCUGAAUCCGGAGCGAUUCACUGGAUAUAAGGGUCCUUCAGCGUGGAGAGUCUGGAACAGCAUCUACGAGGAAAACUGCUUCAAGCCCAGAUCAGUGUACCGACCUCUGAACCCUCUGGCUCCGAGCAGAGGUGAUGAUGAUGGAGAAGGUUUCUACAAGUGGCUGGAAGGUUUGUGUUUAGAGAAGAGGGUUUUUUACCGACUCAUCUCGGGCCUCCACAGCAGCAUCAACAUCCACCUGUGUGCCGAGUACCUGCUGGACGAGGGCUGGGGUCGGUCAGUGUGGGGUCCAAACAUCCAGGAGUUCCGGCAGCGCUUCGACACGGCCGAGACGAAGGGCGAGGGCACGCGGCGUCUGAAGAACCUCUACUUCCUGUACCUGAUUGAGCUGCGGGCGCUUUACAAGGUGGCUCCAUACUUCGAACGCGCCUUCGUCAACCUGUACACCGGAAACGCGCAGGAGGACGGAGCCACCAAAGACCUGCUGCUGCAGAUCUUCAACGAGAUCAAAGCUUUCCCGAUGCACUUUGAUGAGAAGUCCAUGUUUGCCGGACACAAAAUGGAAGCCAAAACACUGAAGGAGGAGUUCCGCCUCCAUUUCAAAAACAUCUCCAGGAUCAUGGACUGUGUCGGCUGCAGUAAGUGUCGACUGUGGGGAAAACUCCAGACUCAGGGUCUGGGCACGGCUCUGAAGAUCCUCUUCUCCGAGAAAGAGAUCAAGAACCUUCCGGAACACAGCCCGUCCAAAGGCUUCCAGCUCACUCGACAGGAGAUUGUGGCGUUGAUGAACGCCUUCGGCAGGUUGUCCACCAGUAUACACCAGCUCCACAAUUUCCGCCUGCUGUUGAAGGAGAGCAGGUAACAGGAGGCGAUGCUUUCCCUGGCUGGUCGGUGGCACCGGCCCACAGAGAACUGCAAUAUUCUGAUCCUCGCCAGGGAGAAGGCCAUUUCUACGGACGUCAGGAUCAGCAGUGAAGUUAACGCCACGCCCACUUCAGCCAUUUUUUCCCCCAUAAAUCUGAUUUUUCCCGUCUGUAACGUCGUCCUCCUUCGUCUGGACCAUGAAUGUUAACUCUUCUGCCUCCUCUUGCCUUCGUCAGAACCAAACACUCUGACAAACUCUGACCUCUUCAUUAAGUUUCAUUUCAUUUGGUGUUUUUUGGAAAGCAGCAGUUUGGUUGUGACCUCGGAACCUGAAGGAAGUAAUCAAACGCGUGGAAGGAAGUGAUGUAACAGACCAGGCGGACUCAUGAUGCCUGCAGAUUAAACUGCGUUCUACAGGAAGUGACUGAGUCUGAUUUAAAGCUGUCGGGGGAAACCUCACAGCUCGUUUCCUUUGCUAAUCCCGCCUUCUGCUGACAUCACAUCCUGUUGGAUUUUACACGCAUGAACCUGAGUCAGAGCUUUGCGGCUCGUCUGUGAGGCUGUAGAAAGACUCUGUCCGGAGGAAGGACUCAGUCGAGACAGACGUCAUUUGUCCGCACCGGCAGGACGCUGCUGCCUGUCCGGUGUUUGUGUGUCCCCUCCCUCCUGUCUCACCGCCUCCUGCUGUUUUAGAGAAGUUUGCUGCUCCUAACCUGAGGACGUGGACCAGUUUAUCGUGUGUGUGUGUGUGUGUGUGUGUGUGUGUGUGUGUGGCUCAUCAACAGUUGCAGCUAUUGGACAAUGACUUGAUUCCAUAGUUAAAUAACCCUGCAAUGCGAUGGCUGCCUGGUGAGCGGCUCCUGCCUGAGCUCUGAUCGGUUUCCCGGACUCUGAUCGGUUUCCCGGGCUCUGAUCGGUUUCCCGGACUCUGAUCGGUUUCCCGGGCUCUGAUCGGUUUCCCGGACUCUGAUCGGUUUCCCGGACUCUGAUCGGUUUCCCGGACUCUGAUCGGUUUCCCGGACUCUGAUCGGUUUCCCGGGCUCUGAUCGGUUUCCCGGACUCUGAUCGGUUUCCCGGGCUCUGAUCGGUUUCCCGGACUCUGAUCGGUUUCCCGGACUCUGAUCGGUUUCCCGGGCUCUGAUCGGUUUCCCGGACUCUGAUCGGUUUCCCGGGCUCUGAUCGGUUUCCCGGGCUCUGAUCGGUUUCCUGGGCUCUGAUCGGUUUUCCGGGCUCUGAUCGGUUUCCUGCUGCCUGGUUUAUUCCGCUGUUGCUUUUGCUUCGGCCGUUUUGUCUUAAAGCAUAACUUUAAUGAAUACAGAUUUAUUUGAUUAAUUCAAACGCGUGUUCAGGUGUGAUCACACCCGUUACCAUCAGAGAGCAACGUCAAACAAGCAAAAGACGAGUGACCUGGUUUUAUAUAUAUAUGUUUUAUUGAGUUUUUAUUAGUGACCUGUUCAGUUUGUUUAACGUCGUGUCUGAGACGCGAGUCGUUGGAUGGAGCAGUGAUUUCUAAAAUCAUCAGAAGGAAAGAAGAGAGAUCGUUUAAACAGCCUGAACUUUUUGAUUUAAUAUUGUUUGUUCUGAAGGAAAAUGCUGAAACGUUUUGAUCUGAGUUCGAUAGUUGUUCAGUCAGCGCCUGGUGGCUGUUAGAGGAACUGCAGAAUCAUUCCAGCCUACGCGCUUUGUUUGCUCAGCAGGGUUGUAAAGUUGGAAAUGGACCAAAGAGUUUUUGAGUUUUGUGGUUUGUUGAUGAGGCUCUGAGCUGUUCGGGUUGGAUCAUGGUGUGACAGGAAGUCACGGCUUCUAACAUCAGCAGGUAGAUGUCAGCUGUUUUCUUUGUUUUGACCAUUUGAAUUAAAAAAAAGAAUAAAAUAAAACAUCUCUGUCCCUCGUGCUUUGAUGUUUGAUCAGAGACAUUUCUGCUGUUAAAAUAAAAUAAACAAACAUCAGUCACCAGCAGCUUCAGCACAAAUUCAUCUGUUUCCUUCAGAAACUCAGACACUGUUUGUGUUUGCCCUGAACGUUGACUCCCAGGCUGUCCCUCUCCUCACCUCCUCACCUCCCUCAGGGAGAGCGGCCAGAUCUUAAUGAGAACAUGAGGUUUCUGAGUGCUGGAGCUUGUUAUGGGUCAGUACCUGGGAGUCUGCGCGGAGGGAAGGAAAAUCCCUGCGCCGCUCAGUGGCUCCUGCACAGUGAGGAGUCGCUUCUUCGUCGUGAAUAUUGAUUCUGACCAUUUUUUAAAUUAUUAUUAUUAUUUGGAAACGAUUAGACCUCGAGUGCAACCUUUCACAGUAAAAGCCCCCACUCUGGCACAGGGAGAGAGAAGGUGUUUUCAUGUAAAGCUAAACCAAAUGAAAAGGGAAACAGUUCAGUUAUUCGGUUAUAAGUGUGUGUGUGCGUGUGCGUGUGCGCGUGCCUUCCCCUGAGCCUUGCGUGUCCUCCAGCAGCUGGACGUCCACACGUCCACACGUCCAGCUGCUGGAGGACACAGCAGCAGCUGGACGUCCACACGUCCACACGUCCAGCUGCUGGAGGACACAGCAGCAGCAGCUGGACGUCCACACGUCAGCCUUAAAACUAAAGCGCCACUUUAGAAACAGACGAAACAAACGAGCUGCAGAUCUUCACGCUCUUCAUGUGGAGUCCAUGAAGUUUUUCUCUUUUGCUUUCAGAUCUUUUAUCUGCACACACACACACACACACACACGUGUAUGUAUAUAUGUUAUUCAUAUACACGUGUGUGUGUGUGUGUGUGUGUGUGUGUCGUUGCUCCGUGUUGAUGUGUGUAUCUGCUGAGUAUAUUUAUUUGAAAAGAGGAAUAAAUAUUUCUG